AUGAGCAACAAGGGAACUGACCCUGAGGCACCAUCCUCGACAUCCUCUCAUCUUGAAUCUCUCUCCAAGGAGAAACAAGAUGAAAAGGUGGCUCAGGACUGGACUCGCGAUGUAGCCGAGAAGACUCAAGAUCCAAAAUCGUUUGAAAAGCUUGACGAACUAUCCGAGGGUAAGAAAAAGCUCCUCCGUCGUGAAAAAAUCCCAUGGAUGGAGCCCGCCAUUUAUGAUGCACUUUAUGACCAUACUCUGCGCUGGUUCGGCAAUCGUCCAAGAUUCUACUUUGCCGAGUUCAACGUCACAAAUACCUGGCAGCAAGGCCUCCUGAAUGGCGCCCCGUACCUAUGCUCGGCACUCAUAGGAUGCUGGACAACAGCGCCAGUGAAUCGCUCGUUUGGGCACCGGGGAUGCAUCUUCAUCUCCUGUUUCAUCUCCUUUGCCUCGUCCUUUUGGAUGGCAGCGGCACACACCUGGUGGAAUCUUCUCCUAGGCCAGUUCCUUUUUGGUUUCGCGGUCGGUGCCAAGUCAGCCACAACUCCCGUCUAUGGAGCCGAGUGCACUGCUACCAUCAUCCGUGGGGCGUUGGUCACGAUGUGGCAAAUGUGGACGGUGUUCGGGAUCAUGCUUGGUUAUAUUGUCUCGGUCGCAUUCAUGGAUGUGACGCAUCCCACUAUCCCCGGCUCCAACUGGAGAUUGAUGUUAGGAUCGACUACCAUCCCCCGUGUACACCAUCGACACGUUCGGUCGGCGGAAUCUCCUACUGUCCACUUUUCCACUCAUGAGCCUGUUCUUGCUCUUCAUCGGCUCUUCAUUCUAUAUCCAGAUGACACCUCGCGAACCGCGUGCGUGGCAACGGGUAUAUACCUCUUCAUGGUGGUGUAUUCCCCAGGCGAGGGACCGGUCCCUUUCACAUAUUCUGCAGAAGCAUUCCCACUGUACAUCCGCGACGUGGGCAAGCCAUUCGCAACAGCAACAACCUGGGGCUUCAACUUUAUUGUCUCUUUGACCCCGCAAGGAACGUCUGGCUGGUACGCACCCUGGAAUAUCUUCGGUUGGAUCUUCUGUUAUUUCUGUCUGCCGGAGACCAAGGCGUUAUCGCUGGAGGAACUGGAUCAACUUUUCUCGGUGCCGACGACGAAGCAUGCCAAGCAUUAUGCGGGGAUGUUGCCGUGGUAUGUGAAGAAGUAUAUCCUGCGUGGAGAUGUGCCGCCGCAGAAGCAGCUUUAUGAUUAUGAGUAG